GGCCCGAGAGGGAGCCUGCCGGGCCCUCGGCUUGAUGCACCCUGCCUGCCUCGCCUCAGCCGCAGUCCGAGAUGGGGGAGACCAAGAUUAUCUACCACCUCGACGACCAGGAGACGCCGUAUCUGGUGAAAGUGUCCGUGCCGGCGGACAAAUGCACUCUUGCAGACUUCAAAAACGUCCUGAAGAAGCCGAACUACAAAUUCUUCUUCAAAUCUAUGGAUGAUGACUUCGGGGUGGUGAAGGAGGAAAUAUCCGAUGACAACGCUAAGCUGCCCUGUUUUAAUGGACGUGUGGUGUCAUGGUUGGUCUCGGGAGACGGGGCCCACACAGACACCGGCUCAGUUGCAGAUAGUAUAGAGCCGACCCCCCCUUUGGAGAGGACCGGGGGCAUCGGAGACUCUAGACCACCUUCCUAUCAUGGGAAAGCAGCAAGCGGUCGAGACAGUUUGGACAACGACACAGAGACCGGCUCCAUUGUGUCGCAACGGAGAGAGAAGGAGAGGCCAAGACGGAAAAAAACUAACGACCACGCUGGGAGGCAGAAUGGCGUCUCAUCGCGGGCAAUGGGGCGCGGAGGCGCAGAGUAUGACAGCUGCUCGUCCUUCAUGAGCAGCGAGUUAGAGUCCACUUCCUGCUUUGAUUCGGAGGAUGACGACGCAACCAGCAGGUUUAGCAGCUCCACCGAACAGAGCUCCUCUCGUCUAAUGCGACGACACCGCCGUCGUCGACGGAAACCGAAGGCCUCCAAUAUUGACAGGUCGUCGUCAUUCAGCAGCAUCACAGACUCCACCAUGUCUCUGAACAUCAUCACCGUCACCCUCAACAUGGAGAAGUACAACUUCCUGGGCAUCAGUAUUGUGGGUCAGAGUAAUGAGAGGGGAGAUGGAGGAAUCUACAUUGGCUCCAUCAUGAAGGGAGGAGCUGUGGCUGCAGAUGGACGCAUAGAGCCUGGGGACAUGCUGUUGCAGGUGAACGAUAUCAACUUUGAGAACAUGAGCAAUGACGAUGCAGUCCGAGUGCUGAGAGACAUCGUGCACAAGCCAGGCCCCAUUACUCUCACUGUGGCUAAGUGCUGGGACCCAAAUCCUCGUGGCUGCUUUGCUCUGCCAAGGAGCGAGCCAAUCCGGCCCAUUGACCCAGCUGCAUGGGUGUCCCACACGGCGGCCAUGACCGGGGUGUACCCUCCGUAUGGCAUGAGCCCUUCCAUGAGCACUGUCACCUCCACCAGCUCCUCCAUCAGCAGCUCUAUCCCUGAGACUGAACGAUUCGAUGACUUCCACCUCUCCAUCCACAGCGACAUGGCAACAGUUGCUAAGGCCAUGGCCUGCCCAGAGUCAGGUCUGGAGGUGCGGGACAGGAUGUGGCUCAAGAUCACCAUCGCGAAUGCCUUUAUCGGUUCUGAUGUGGUUGACUGGCUCUUCCAUCACGUGGAAGGCUUCUCGGAUCGCCGCGAAGCCCGCAAAUAUGCCAGCAACCUGCUGAAGGCCGGCUACAUCCGACACACUGUGAACAAGAUUACCUUCUCUGAGCAGUGCUACUACGUCUUUGGAGACCUCUGUGGCAAUAUGACCCACCUGUCUCUCCAUGAUCACGAUGGUUCCAGCGGGGGUGCCUCAGAUCAGGACACCCUGCCCCCUCUCCCCCACCCAGGGGCAGCUCCCUGGCCAAUGCCCCUGCCCUACCAGUUCCCCAUCCCGCAUCCCUACGACCUGCCACAGCCCUUCAAAGGUGGACCAGGCGCUGGCAGUGCAGGAAGCCAGCAGAGUGGAAGCAGUGGUUCAAACUGCAGCAAAAACGAGGGGCGGAAGUCCGGCGGCAGUGGCAGUGAACCUGAGAUCAGGAGCCACCGAGCUCCUAGCGAGCGCUCGGUCGCUCCCCCCAGUGAGCGGAGCGUCCGCAGCUCUGUCAGCCACCGCAGCGCCAACUCUCACUCCAUAGCCUAUGGGCCUGGCCUCGUUUACGGCCCCCCUGGCCUGCCCCCCCAGCCCCCACACUUGUCUACAGCUGCGCCUGGUGCCCCACCGGGCAGAGAGCUCGCCUCUGCACCCCCUGAGAUCACUGGAUCACGCCAGUCUCUGCGCAUGGCGGUGGGCAACGCCGGAGAAUUCUUCGUUGAUGUGAUGUGAUGUAAUGCAGGUUUUAGGCCGAUUAAAGUAGCAGAUUGGGUUUUCUCAUGACGUUGUGAGAAUGAGAAUGAGAAGGACAGCGUGACAGGACGGGAGGUCCUGUUACCCCAACGCUAUGAUUCCAAUUUCCUGAAUAGAACCAAUCCUGCUGUGUGUGCGAAGAGAAAAUGCUCCCCCUCUCUUUUGCUUUUUUCCUUAUAGUAGUGGCCAUACUUUCUUCAGUGAAGAAGCCCCCUCAGUCAAGAUUGAACCAAAGCAGCCUUUCUCCUUUUUACGCUCCUUGGUGGGGAAGAGUUUGUGUGAGGUCAAAAAGCGAGAGAGAGAAAGAGGGAGGGAGGCGGUGGAAACGGACGGCAGGGGAGGAUGAGUCAGCGCUUUUCUACAUGGAUGUUUUUCAUUUGUUCUUCUCUUCACUCUUUCCUCCUCUCUGCCUUCCUUAUCUUGCAUUCUCUGUCCUCCCCCACCCCUGUCCACGUCAAAACUGAAAGAGAGAAAAAAAAGAAGCCAAUCUUUCAAUUCCCACUUGCUGACCCCUAACAAGACGAGAGAGGAAAAAAAACUGUAACAAAGCCGAAACGAACACUAACUGUUGACCUUAUUCAGACUUUUUAAAUGUUUGCUUGACUUAAAAAGAGAGAAAGAAAUGGAAAUAAUUGUAUGUAGUGCAAGAGAAUCGCAGUCCUUCUUACUGUAAGAAUGCAUUUGUUUAAUUAUAUAUACGUAGUUGGUCACAACUAGUUUCAUUCUCUAAUGCUUAACAUGAGCAUCCAGCUUCCAGAGUCAUUUUUACACUACACUGCUGCAUUUUCAUCUGUUAACCAGAGCAUUUUCUGACUCUGUCUUGUGAUAAUGUAUAGUGGAAAAAAAAUCCUACCAUGUCUUUCACACUACUCUUUUAUCAAGGAAAAAAUGUCUUUUUAUUUAUAAAUAUAGUUUUAUGACUUAA